AUGCAAGUCGAGGCCAAACAUCCGUCGGAGACUCCCCAGAACAAGGGAGAGUUGUCCUCCGACACACGCUCGUCGGAGCAGGACCUCGAGCAGCGCCAAUAUGACGCAGACGUCCAGUGCCCGCCGUCCACGACGGACAGGAGGCUCAUGACCAAGAUCGACUUUCACGUCGUGCCUUUUCUAUGCAUCAUGUAUCUUCUCGCUUUCCUAGACCGGGUCAACAUCGCCAACGCCAACGUCUUCGGCCUAUCGGAAGAGCUCGAGCUCACAGGCACCCUCUACAACAACGCCCUGGUCGUCUUCUUCGUGCCGUACAUCCUGCUGGAGAUCCCGUCCAACAUCCUCCUCAAGAAGUUCAAGCCCCACGUCUGGCUGAGCGUCAACAUGUUCGGCUUCGGCCUCAUCACCCUCAUCCAGGGCUUCGUCACCAGCUACGGGGGGCUCGUCACCACGCGCUUCUUCCUCGGCGUCUUCGAGACCGGCAUGUUCCCGGGCGCCUUCUACCUCAUCGGCAUGUGGUACCGGCGCCACGAGGCCCAGAAGCGCUUCUCCUUCUUUUUUAACAGCACCACCCUGGCCGGCGCCUUCGGCGGGCUCCUCGCCGCCGCCAUCGGCAAGAUGCACGGCGUCCGCGGCUACCAGGGCUGGCGCUGGAUUUUCAUUCUCGAGGGCCUCCUGACCGUUGUCGUUAGCUUCUUCUUCUACUUUUGGCUGCCCGACUUCCCCGAGGACGCCAAGUGGCUCUCCCCCGAGGAGAAGACCUAUGUCGCGGCCCGGCUGCGCCUCGACCAGGGCUCCUCGGGCCACGCGCGCAAGACCACCCUCCGCGACGUCGGCACCGUGUUCAAGGACUACAAGGUCAUCGUCGGCGGGUUCAUGUAUUUCGGGCUCAUCGUCCCGGCCUACGGCUACGCCUACUUCGCCCCCGGCAUCAUCCAGGGGUAUGGCGGCUACUCGGCCAUCGAGACCCAGCUACACAGCGUCCCGCCCUGGGCCGUGGCUUUCGUUUUCAGCAUGGCCGUCGCCGUCGUCUCGGACCGUCUGCGCCACCGCUUCGCCCUGGCCGUCUUCGCCAUCUGCGUGGCCAUCGCCGGCUUUGGCAUCCUCAUCUCCGUCACCGAGAGCAUCGCCCCGCGCUUCGCCGGCCUGUACCUGGUCGCGUCCGGCGCCUACACCGCCAUGCCCAUCAUCGUGUGCUGGUUUAACAUGAACUUGGGCGGCCAUUACCGCCGCGCCGUCGGGAGUGCGUGGCAGGUCAGCUUCGGCAACAUUGGCGGGAUCAUCGCCGUCUUCGCGUUCCUCAAGACGGAUGCGCCUCGCUUUAUCACGGGGUACAGCAUCUGCAUCUCGUUCACGGUGUUGAGCAUGAUUUCUUGCUGCGUCUACGGCGUGGGGUGCUGGGUUGCGAACAGGAACCGGGAUAAGAACCCGAUCGAUCGCGAGUUGACGGAGGAGGAGAAGAUGGAUUUGGGAGACAUGUCGCCAGAGUACCGGUAUUUGCUAUAA